GCGACGCAAAGGACACCAUAUAUGUACUUGGGCAUUUCCGCCACAUAGCAAUUGCAUACCUUUUCGACCAGUUCACACACCCCCCAAAACUAUGGAGCAGCGCUCAGCCCCAAAGUGCAUAGCCUUCUUCCUCCUCCCUGUGCUCGCCUGCGUGCAUUACGCUCAGGCAAACCCUGGUCGUCCCCCUAUCCACUCCAUCUUCAGCUUCGGCAACUCGUACGCCGACACCGGCAACUUUGUGAAGCUCGCCGCGCCCGUGUUUCCUGUCAUGCCCUUCAACAACCUCCCCUACGGCGAGACCUUCUUUGGCCGCCCCACCGGCCGAGCCUCCAAUGGCCGCAUCACCAUGGACUUCAUCGCCAGUGAGUUUGGGCUCCCUUUCGUCCCCCCGAUUCUUGGCAAAGACCGUAACUUCACCGGUGGAGCAAACUUCGCCGUCGUCGGCGCCACGGCGCUGGAUCUAGCCUACUACCUCGAGAACAACAUCACGAGUGUGCCCCCUUUCAACAGCUCCUUGGGCGUGCAGCUCGACUGGUUCCGGCAGCUGAAGCCCACCUUGUGCUCGACACCACGAGCGUGCAGAAACUACUUCAAGAAAUCCCUCUUCUUCAUGGGAGAGUUCGGAGGGAACGACUACACCUUCCUCAUGGCCGCCGGGAAAACCUUGGGCGAGGUCGCGUCGUACGUUCCAAAAAUCGUACGAUCCAUCUCAGCAGGCGUCGAGGCGGUGGUCAAGGAGGGAGCAAGGUACGUGGUGGUGCCGGGGCAGCUGCCGACGGGGUGCAUCCCCAUCGUCCUGACGCUGUACGCGAGCCCGAACAAGAGGCACUACGACCGCCGGACCGGUUGCCUGAGAAAAUACAACGCGCUCGCGCGCUACCACAACGGAGCGCUGUUCGAGGCCGUGUAUCGGCUCCGGAUCAAGUACCCCGCGGCCAAGAUCGUCUACGCCGACUACUAUGCGCCGCUCAUGGACUUCCUCAAGAAACCAAAAAAGUUCGGGUUCAGUGCUUCGUCGAAGCUCCGGGUCUGCUGUGGCGCCGGCGGGCCGUACAACUACAACAUGACGGCGGCGUGCGGGUUUCCCGGCGCCAGCGCCUGUGCUAACCCCGCUGCGCGCAUCAACUGGGACGGCAUCCACCUGACGGAGGGGGCGUACGAGCGCAUCGCCGGCGGUUGGCUUUGGGGCCCGUAUGCGCACCCGCCUAUUCUCAAGGCCAUGCGUCAGUAAGCAAACGUGUCGUGUAUCGGUCUGUGGCAGAUUAUGGGCACCUGCAUCGAUGAAUUUGUGGUGCUGCCGACCUGUCUUUUCUUUCUUUUCAUUGUGCCCUAUCCUUUUAGGGUGCUUUUCAUCUUUAAAGACUCUUGUAGUAUCCUUUUCUAAUCAACUAACAAAUAUGUCCGUGCGUUGCAACGGAAACAAAAAAUAUUAUAUACUAUA